AUGGAUAACGAAAUAACAUUUGACAGAUUACCAGUUGAAGUAAAUAUGAUUUUUUUUUUUUUUUUGUAAUUUUAAAGGUUCAAAAAAACAGUGAUACAAAUUCCUAGAGUAUAAUUCUAAAAAGACAAACAAUUUAUUUUAAUUAAAUGUACAGUUAAUAGGUACCUAUGUUUUUCAUUAUGGUCAUUAUGUAUACAAUGGUAGUAUUUGAGAUACUAUUUACAAUAAAUUGUAUUCCUGUAGAUGAUAUGGCGACUGCUAAUAAAUAAACUAAUUCAUUCCACAAUAGAUCUUCCAAAUUAUACACUCUUUUUCCUUGUGAUUUUUUUAUCCUUUCUGUGUAAUUAUUAAUUUUUGUCAAUCAAAAACUGUACAGUAUUUUGAUAUUUAUAUUCAUAUGUGCUUUACCCCUAAACUGCUGUAUUGUUACUAUUAAAUUACUUAAAAUUUGUGUUUAAUAUUAUAUUUUUGAAUUAUAUGUAAAUUUAAAUAUGUGUUUACAGGUCAUUACUCAUAUAUUUGUAUUUUUACAACGUGCAGACAGAAAAGUUGCAUCAACUGUUUGCUGGUCUUGCUAUGAAGCAUCUAUUCAUCCAAAAUUUUUAAAAAAUGAAGUUAUAAUUUUAAAAGAUUUAAAUAAUCAUGGAAUUCAAUAUGCACUCGAAAUAUUUUCCAAAAGCUUACGUCCUUUUUUCAAAUUUAGAAUAUGCGGUUUAGGGAUAUCAUUUCAAGAUAGUGAUGAUAAUACUGCAAAUGACAUGACUGAUAAUUUAGUAAAUAAAAAUCAUUGGGUAAAGACUACUUGGCCAUUGUUAGCAGCUAAAGUAAUCUUUUUGGAAUUCUUUGAUACAGUUGAAUUUGCUGAUGACAUUUUACCUGCAAUAUUAAAUGAAACUCAACAAUUAAAAGUAUUAUUAAUUCAUAAUCUUCAAUAUAGUCCCAACAAUGAACUAAAUAAAAUUAAAAGACUUGACUCGCUUGAACAAUUGACAUUGGAUAAUUUUCUGACUGAUAACAUUGACAAAAAUAAAUUAUUGGGAAUUAUACCAAAACAAUUAAAAACAAUUUGUUUCAAGUCUAUGUGGUCUAGUCAGUUGAUUAUAAAAGAUAUUACUAAUAUAUUAAACUAUUGUUCAUUUUACCUUGAAUCCCUUGAACUUAUAAAUAUUGAUGUAACAACUGAAUUAAUGCAAUCAAUUUCGACUAUUGAUAUGAGGCUGAAAAAGUUUAGUUUAAUUUUAGCAGAUACUAUGCACUAUGAACACGAUCCAAAAAUCUUGAUGCCACUGAUUAAAACAAAAUGGCCAUUACUUGAUUUGACUUUAGCUGCAGAUUGUUUAACUGAUGAAUUUAUAGAAACUGUAUUUAAUACAUUUGAAAACCUACAAAAUUUUAAAUUUAUGAAGGCCCGCUAG